ACCGAAUUUUUUUUCCCUUGUUCGUUUCCUCAUUUCUAUUCUCCAUGGCGAGCAACAUAAAUUCUGCAAAUAGAUUGCAUUCACCCGCAGUAGCGCCGCCUGACAUAAACUACAGUCCACGGGCCGAUGUGUCGUCUUCUCAGCACUUGAACCAUAUCUUUGGCGCCGUCCGAAAACAGAUUGAACAAUGGGGUGACCAAGCCAAAUGGAAAAUAGACCUUGUAUUACUUGAAAAUGCUGAUGGAUCUACUCCUCAGCCAGAGUCACCGGCACCCAACAUAGGUCCUACUUCGUCUGUCUCAGCUCGACAAAUGCCAAACUCACCACUCACCUCGGAGAAUGGUCCACGGCCGUCAUCCUCACAGCAGUCAACUCCAACAGUGUUCAAUCAAGCUAUCAAACGAUCUGCAUUUCAGCAGCAGUAUCCUCCACAGUAUGCAAUGCCUCCGAUGCAACAUGGCCUUCCAACUGCAUACCGACCUCCUAUUAUCGAGCCACCUUAUGCCAGCACUGCCGACCCAAAUUAUCCGAUGAGACCGCCAUUCCUUCUCACUGAAGCUGAUAUUAAUAGAAUCCAUCACUUGGAUGACGCAAAGCAAAAACUGCGCGAGUGCGUGGAACGAAUUAAUUUAUUAGAUGGUAUAGCUCGAUCUCAAGCAGAACAAAUAUUCCACCUAUCACGGGGAACAUCGGAUAGGAAUUUGGCUCUUGAGACAAUGCGCAAAAUAUACCUCAUGAAUGAACAUGAGCAGGCAUUAAGACACUCAGUUGAAACCAAAAUGUUUCAAAAAGAUAUUCGAAUUUUGGCGCAGAAACUCAAAAAAGCGUACGCCAAAGUCCGACUCAUCGAAAGUGCCGACAUUAGCACCAAGAGUAAUGAUGUGGACAGGGAAACGCUGUUACAUGACAGGAAGGCAUUGCUUCGAAAGUUACGAUUAUCUGAGAUGCGCAGUGCCACAAAAGAUGUUGAAUUGGAUAUUCUCAGCCGUGAAUACCAGAAGAUCAUGUACAAUCGGGAUACACCUGAACUCCGCCCAGUUUCUUUACGAGGAUCUAAAGCCGACUCUCAAGCUCGAAGAGGUGAUAUUCAAUAUCUUUUACAGCAAGGCUAUUCGCCCGUCAUGAGGCACGACACUCCACCGCUGGCAAAACAGAGAUCUGGUUUGGACGACUUAGGCAUUGUAGCAAACCAAAUGCUGACGGACAUGGAUAAAAGCGACAUCAAAGAAAAAGCACCUAUUACAACUGAGCCACUACCAAUGACUAAAGGAAACACAAGCAGACGUGUACCCAGUCAUAUGAGUUCCAGGGAUGAAAAGCGAUCCCAACGCUCCAUUGAUUCCGCUACUGCUCUGGUGUCCAUGCCCACGGCACUGUUUCCAGAGUCUAUGGCCCAGCCUGGUGACUCUACAAAAAACUUGAACGUUGCAAACCGAUCUCCAGCUGGUAAUCUGAAUCAAACGUCAUCUUUAUGGGAGCGACGAAGAUCAGGAUCUAUUCAUGCAAAAUGGAGUCAAGAAGAAGAUGAUAUGUUGAGGGCAUGCGUUGCAAGAUUUGGAAAUAAUGACUGGGAGAAAGUCGCUAGUGACAUUCCUAAUCGAAGCUAUCAUCAGUGUCGCCAGCGUUGGAUACAACUUACCGAAGAAGAAAAGAUGAGUCGAUCCAGUAUGGAUGCUAGCCACUCGCCAGCUAUCAGCAAUCUUCUUACUCAACAACAACCAUCGCUUGGCAGUCCCUCUCCACCACGCAGUGCUGCUCAGGACGAUGAGCCUCGCACUCCUCCCCAUCAAGUUCAAUAUGGUCCUACGCAUGAAAUGCCACUCAAGCCCUAUGAACCUUAUUCGACGAACUUGCAAGAAAAGCAUCCUCAAUAUGCUCCAUCCUCUUUGAACCGACAACAAACCCUACCAACACCACAUGACAACCAUUCUGGCCUAUAUCGACCACCAUCUCCAAUUGCUACUCCAAAGAAGCGUAAAAUUGAGACCAUGCCAUAACCAUGCGCUCUCCACUAUAAUUUGUAUAUAUUUUUCUUCUUUUCGCCCUUACAUUAUGCUGUAUACCAGUUCUUUGUGCCUUUCUAUUAUUAUUAUUUUGUUUAGUUCAGUAUCAUAG